AUGAAUCUUCACUCAAUCCAGCUCAGUAGUGGUCUUGGCUCGGCUGCCGCCACACAGCCGAGCGAUGAUGGGAUGAUGAGCUCCAAGCUCUACCUUGCUGUGUUAGAGGGCAGAAAGGAGGAAGCCAUGGCGCUGCUUCCACAAAGUGGCGCCGCUGCUGCUCAUCGAGUCGCCGCUAUACAAAAGGUCAGCCCGGAGAGAAACAACGUUCUUCAUCUAGCAGCCGGCCAAGGGCACCACGAGCUGAUCCAAGAGCUCUACGCCAGCUUCGGGGACAAGAGCUUGCUCUCUGCCCAGAAUUCGGCUCUGGACACGCCGCUGCACUGCGCGGCGAGAGCGGGGCAUGAGAGAGCCGUGUCUCUCCUCGUCCAGCUCGCGUGGGGCACCGGUGAUCAUGAGAACAUCAUGGGGUGCAAGAACGAGGCUGGGGACACAACGCUGCAUCUGGCGGCGAGGCUCGGCCAUGCCGCAGCGGUUGAGGUUAUAGUAUUUGUGGCGCCGGAGCUGGCAUCAGAGGUUAACAAUGCCGGCGUAUCACCGUUGUACUUGGCGGUGAUGAGCAGGUCGGUACCCGCUGUCAGAGCUAUAACCAGGUGCAGGGACGCGUCGUCUGCCGGCCCGAGUUCACAGAAUGCUCUGCACGCUGCCGUCUUCGAGGGUUCAGAAAUGGUUAGGCUGCUACUGGACUGGAAUCCAUCGCUGGCGAGCGAAGCAGAUGGCAGUGGCAGCACUCCGCUCCAUUUCGCUUCGUCUGACGGCGACCACUCCGUCGUAAAUGCAAUCCGGCGCGCUGCGCCGUGCGCGAUGCGCAUGCGGGACUCGGGUGGCCUCUCCGCUCUCCACGUCGCGGCAAGGAUGGGCCACGCACGCCUCGUCGAGGCGCUGAUGGAGGCGUGUCCCGACGCAGCUGAACUCCGAGACAACCUUGGCAGAACCUUCCUGCACGCCGCGGCCAGGCGAGGCCACUCCAAUGUCAUGUCGAUUGCCAUCAAGAAACCAGCGCUGCGCGGCCUGCUGAACGCGCAGGACGUGAACGGCAAUACGGCGCUCCAUCUCGCGGUGGCCGCAUGCUCUUCCGGCGUCGCGGAGGCCCUGUUGUGGCACAGCGAAUUGGGAGCCGACAUCAUGAACAACGAGGGACACACUCCGUUCGAUCUCGCCGUGAGAUCUACCAGUUUCUUUUCAAUGCUGGGUCUGGUGGUGACAUUGGCUGUAUUCGAGCAGCGAUCUCGCCCUCAGAGGCGGGACCAUGUGGAGAAAUGGAGCAAUCACCACCCAGGAAAAGUGAUGGAGAAGACGUGGGACAGCCUCGCGGUAGUCGCUGUCCUCAUAGCCACCGUGGCCUUCACUGCCGCCAACAAUGUGCCCGGGUCAUACGAGCAAGGGGACAACUUUAAAGGCAUGGCCGUUCUACGAGAUAAUGGCCUCUUCAUAUUCUUCGUGUUGCUUGACACCUUUGCCCUGAUGACAUCCGUGAUCGCGGUGGUCCUGCUCGUCUUUGGGAAGGCGUCACGCUCCGCCGGGUCGUGGACGAGCUUCGUGGUGGCGCUGCAGUGCCUAUGGGCGUCGCUGAUGAGCAUGCUAGUGGCCUUCUAUGCGGCUCUAUCUGCCGUGACUUUCACGAACGGAGUCUUCGAAAGCUCCUCGUGGAUGAUCUUAUACGUUGGCUUCACGAUGGUAUUCUACAUUAUUAUCAGUAUAGUGCCUCAAAGGUCGCCGCGCAUACUUCGGAUGGUUAUGCAGCGCACUGUCCUAAAAGGAAGGAGCAAUAGACAUAUAAGGCAGCAGUAUCCUGUCGCAAGCGCGUACGCACUCAACCUGCUAAUUUUCAUGGCAACAGGGGCCAGUCAGAGGAAGGGCAACACGUACUCUUCCCAUCUUGCAAAAUCGAACUGGAGAGAGAACAAACCAGAGCGGAUAGACGGAAGCUCGAAAUGCGCAUGGUCAAAAUCAAAGUGUACAGACACGGGCUGCAUGGUUCCCGCCGCCGUCGUGUUUGCUUCCGUGCCUGUUGCCGCCGUCGGACCUGCUUCCUUGCCUGCCGCCGCGUCUGAUUCCGUCGAACUAACGCAUAUGUGCGUGACCUCUUCAAUUCUUGGGAACACGACGACGGAUGGAGACCCGCUCCCGCUCCCGCACCUAGCUUGGCCCACCACCACCAGCCCGCGGCCGUUGCUUCCGCCGCCGGCAACCCUUCCCCAGCCCUCCCCCUCCCCUCCCAUGGCACCCCCCUCCAGCUUCGACGCGUCCGCCGCCCGCGGCAACCCGCGGUGGCUGGAAUCCGCUGACGACUGCUCCGAGGGUAGCUCCACUGGCCGCACCUACCGCGACGUCGCCGCCACCCCCACCCGCCUCCCGCCGCCGCUAUGCCUGCCCCUGCGGCCGGCCGUAGGGCCGCGCCUGCGAGCAGGUCGCCGGCGAGAGAGUGGAUCCCGGCCUCCACGCGCAUCGGCACUCGCUCCGAGGUCCACCGUGUUAACCGCGCCGCCGAGGGUUACCAGCGGCCACAUCACAGGCACCAACAACGCUACCCCCCACCUCGCUCCGCACCAAGCCCUCGCCGCCGUAGCAACUCCCCGGUGA